AUGGCAGCAGAUGAGACAUCACCGUUACUCGAAAAUGCGGCCCCUCCGAGGAUAAACAGGCCUGCCAAGCCCGCUGGUACCCUUUUCGGUCCCGCAAAUCGCAUUCUCCUCGCCGGCUUCAUGAUGGCUUUCACCCUCGGCAUCACACAAGUUCCAAUCAAUUAUGUGUUCCGUCUUAUGGAAUGUGAUGUCUUCUAUAGCCAUAAUCCCCCGUUUGAGGGACCCGGCGAUAGAUGUCAUCGUCGAGAGAUUAGUGCUGGUACUGCGACUCAGGUUUCUAUCCUAGGCAUGUCGACGUCUUUUAGCGGCGUAUUCAAUUUAUUCAUAUGUGGCUACUUUAUCAAACUUUGGGGUCCGCGAUGGGCCUUCGUCUCCCAGACUGUACUUCUAGGUUUGAGGGUAUGUACGCAGAUCGUCGCCGUGACAAUCGGUGGCCGGGAAGGUAUAAUCAUUUUUCAAGCUUGUCAAGCUAUAGGUAUCAUUGGAGGACCCCGCGGUUUUCAGCUAGUUCUCAACACCGCGGUGAGUGAACUGGUCGCGCCCAAAGACCGCACGGCCGUUUUUGGUCGGUUACAAGGAUCAAUCAUGUUGGGAACUGCAUUUGGUUUCCUGCUGGGAGGCGUGCUCGGCGACAUCUACAAUAUUAGACGUCCAUUCGAGACCGCCUUUUUCCUCUAUGUGGUUUCUUCACUAUACGGAGCAUUAUUCUUACCGACGGGAGCAAGUGAUGAGGCUGCCAGUAAGAAACAAAAUGGUCGGGGCAUUAGUGCUUUCUUCGCACCUAUUAGGAUGAUCGCACCUCAUUCUUACCGUUUAGAGUCGGGCAAAGUUAUCAAAAAUUACAGCUUGAUUUUCCUCGCCCUAGGUAUUUUCCUCGGCGUCUUCUCUUCCGGAUAUGUCCCGAUUCUCCUGCAGAUGUACGCCACUUCCGAAUUCGAUUUCGGUACUAGUGAGAACGGAUAUCUCAUGUUCGGUAACGCGGCUAUCCGCGGUAUAUUCUUACUUUUCAUGUUCCCGAAGAUCAUAUCAUCCGGUCGGACCUGGUUCAAUGGUACAUCAACGCCAGCGGAAACUAGAGAACAUAGAGUAGAGACCCAUAUUCCAGUUAACCCAGGGGAUUUUGAAGCCGACGAGGUCGGAGAAGUACCACAAGAACCAAUACAGCCCCUUGAGGAUGAGGAAGAUUCCGGGACCGGAUUUGACCUCUUCUUUGUCAGAUGGAGUCUGGUUGUCGAUUCAAUAGUGACAGUAAUUGCUGGCUUCUCAACGGAGGGUUGGCAGGUAUACCUCGCUGGAUUUUUACUGCCGUUUGCUUCGGGAUCGGCACCGGCAGCUAAAGGGGUUAUGACUGAACUAUGCCCCCCGCAACAACGACAAGAUGCCAUCAGCGCCAUCACCUUAGUGGAGAGCACGGCUACGUUAUUAACGCAAGGACUUUUCGGCUUAAUUCUUGCUAUUUUCUCCGAACUCGGCCAGCCGAGCUUAACAUUUUUCUGCAACGCCGGGUUUGCUGUACUCGGUUUUGCCGUCUUGUUUAUGGCACACCUACCACCACCUAACAGCAAGAGAAUUGAUGACGAAGAUUCGGAAACCGAGACUGAGAACUAG